GUAUACAAACCCACUCUAUCACAGAGAAGUUGUAAAGUUAUCCAAACACUACGGACCAGUUCUACGUUUGAAGUUUGGUCCGAAGACGUUUGUUUUCAUUAAUGACUAUGACACAGCUAUGGAGGCGCUUGUUAAAAGAAAGACAGAUUUCGCGGGAAGACCAUCCUUGCGAUCACUGGAGGUCUUCUCAGAGGGCAGUGGAAUCUCAUUUCCUCCAUACUCUGAACCCUUGAAGAUAAACCGUAAAGUGGCCAGUGUCGUAUUAAGAAACUUUUUAAAGAGCAAGGUUAUGGAUGAAAUAAUUGAGAAGAAUAUGAUUAAGUUUAUGGAGAGAAUGUCAGCCGAAAAUAAACCCAUAACACCGAAAGAAUACUUGAACAAGAUUCAGUUCCAUAUUCUUUUUACUCUAUGCUUUGGACAGAGAACAGACGAAGAAAUAGAGAGUUUUAUUCAGAGAGUUGAUGAGAUCAAUAAGACCUUUGGAGGAGGGUUUUUGGAGGAUAUCUAUCCUAUUUUUGAGAAACUGUGGCCCUCACAAAAGUAUUGCCACUAUUUAAAAUUGGUAAACAAUCUAUUACGCAUCUUUUAUGGCUACUUAGAAGAACACAAAAGUUCAUUGGAUAAAA